AAGGGUUUUCUCUUUUACGCCAGGGUUGGGUUGGCCAGGGUGUCACUUCUGCCUUCCUCCCCUCCAGACAGACCAUGGACGGUUCCUUCAUUCAGCAUAGUGUGAGGGUUCUGCAGGAGCUCAACAAGCAGCGGGAGAAGGGCCAGUACUGUGACGCCACCUUGGAUGUGGGAGGCUUGGUGUUCAAGGCUCACUGGAGUGUCCUUGCCUGCUGCAGCCACUUCUUCCAGAGCCUCUAUGGGGACGGCUCAGGGGGCAGUGUUGUCCUCCCUGCUGGCUUCGCUGAGAUUUUUGGCCUCUUACUGGACUUUUUCUAUACUGGUCACCUCGCCCUCACAUCAGGGAACCGGGAUCAGGUUCUCCUGGCAGCCAGGGAGCUUCGAGUGCCAGAGGCUGUGGAACUGUGCCAGAGCUUCAAGCCUAAAACCUCGGUGGGACAGGCACCAAGUGGCCAGAGUGGGCUAGGGAAACCUGCCCCCCAGGAUGUGAACAGCCACCUCAAGGAGCUGGCAAGCUUGGAGGAAGAGGAAGUUUCAAGGACCGUGGGUCACGUCCCCAGGGAUCAGGAGCUCAGCGGCAGUAGCAGCCCUCAGAUGCCCCAGCUUGGUCUUCCUGCUCAGAUUGAGAGCCCCUCCUUCCUUCGUGGGAAACUCAAGCAGGCCCUGAAGCUUUGUCCCUCUGAGGACAAGGAGCCUGAGGAUUACAAAGUGCCCCCAAGGCCCUUCGAGGCCGAAGGUGCCCAGCUGCAGGGCAGCAGUAAUGAGUGGGAAGUGGUGGUUCAAGUUGAGGACGACGGGGAUGGCGACUGUGUUUCUGAGACGGAGACUGUGCUGACCAGGAGGAAAUCAAACGUACUCAGAAAGCCCUGUGCUGCUGAUCCAGCCCUGAGCGCAGGUGCCCUACCAGCCGAGCCCUGUGAGAACAGAAAAGGUACAGCGGUGCCGGUUGAAUGCCCCACAUGUCAUAAAAAGUUCCUCAGCAAAUAUUAUCUAAAAGUCCACAACAGGAAACACACUGGGGAGAAGCCCUUCGAGUGCCCCAAAUGUGGAAAGUGUUACUUUCGGAAGGAGAACCUCCUGGAACAUGAAGCCCGGAAUUGUAUGAACCGUUCAGAACAGGUCUUCACGUGCUCCGUGUGUCAGGAGACCUUCCGCCGGAGGAUGGAGCUGCGGGUGCACAUGGUGUCCCACACAGGGGAGAUGCCCUACAAGUGCUCCUCCUGCUCCCAGCAGUUCAUGCAGAAGAAGGACUUGCAGAGCCACAUGAUCAAGCUGCAUGGAGCCCCCAAGCCCCAUGCUUGUCCCACCUGUGCCAAGUGCUUCCUGUCCCGAACAGAACUGCAGCUGCACGAGGCUUUCAAGCACCGCGGAGAGAAGCUGUUUGUGUGUGAGGAGUGUGGGCACCGGGCCUCGAGUCGAAACGGCCUGCAGAUGCACAUCAAAGCCAAGCACAGGAAUGAGAGGCCAUAUGUCUGUGAGUUCUGCAGCCACGCCUUCACCCAGAAGGCCAAUCUCAACAUGCACCUGCGCACACACACUGGCGAGAAGCCUUUCCAGUGUCACCUCUGUGGCAAGACCUUCCGCACCCAAGCCAGCCUGGACAAGCACAACCGCACCCACACUGGCGAGAGGCCCUUCAGCUGUGAGUUCUGUGAGCAGCGCUUCACAGAGAAGGGGCCCCUGCUGAGGCACGUGGCCAGCCGCCACCAGGAGGGCCGGCCCCACUUCUGCCAGAUCUGUGGGAAGACCUUCAAAGCGGUGGAGCAGCUACGUGUGCAUGUCAGGAGGCACAAGGGCGUGAGGAAGUUUGAGUGCACUGAGUGCGGCUACAAGUUCACCCGCCAGGCCCACCUGCGGAGGCACAUGGAAAUCCAUGACCGUGUGGAGAACUACAACCCACGGCAGCGAAAGCUCCGGAACCUGGUCAUCGAGGACGAGAAGACUGUGGUUGUGGCGCUCCAGCCACCUGCUGAACUGGAGGUGGGCUCAGCUGAGGUCAUUGUGGAGUCCCUGGCUCAGGGUGGCCUUGCCUCCCAGCUCCCUUCCCAGAGACUGUGUGCGGAGGAGAGCUUCACAAGCCCAGGCGUCAUGGAGCCCUCACUCCUCAUCACAGCUGCCAUUCCUGAGGACUGUGACACGUAGCCCUCCACCCACCACAGCCCACUUAGCCCCAGCCCCCAAUAAACCACAUGACUUUGGACUCA